CUCAUACAUCUUUUUCUACACUUACUUCUCAUCCCGCUUGCACCAUGCCAUCCCGUCUGUGAUUCCCUCUUUCUGCUCAUCCCGCAAUCAUCUUUCAUCAUUCCGCUCUAACCAACCAACGAACCCCCUACCGUCCCUCAGUUGACAAUACACUCAGAUAAUAAUCGCACAGCAAACGACAGGGCUGCGUCGAUGGUCGUCCAUCCAAGGCUUGUCGGCGUGCUAUUGCGCGGCAGAUCCGCCUGGAAGCCAUUAGCCGAGACAGACUAUUUUGUGCUGCAGCACCACCCUCGCCAUCGCUCCAAUGCCUUCCGUAUCAUCACCCGCGGCUUCCCCCACUACCGAGUGGCCGAGGGCGAUUCUGUGGACCUGUUGCAGGAAGAACUCGCGUUCCUGUCGAGGAUGGCCCGUGUGUCGAUCCAGGGCAAGGUCACGUCCAAAAAGAUUUCCACCUGGCUCAAGUCGACCUUUGGACGCAACAGCAUCCUCGCCAUUACGCCUCCAGAGGAUGGACUGACGCAGCCAGAGGAUAGCCAAGAUCACCAUCUGGAGCAAGAUCAUUCGCAUGACGCAGACGGCUACCUCUCCGAUUCUUCCUACAUCUCCCAAGGGGACAUAACUGAACCUUACUUAACCAGCAUUAAGACACGACGACCGUUAAGGAGAGCAAUCUCACUGGAGGAUUUGGCAACUGCCUCUGCGAUUCACCAUCAAUUGCACACCUCAGGAUUGCUACGAAACAGCAGACAACGACGUCAACAGUCGGGCUCCUCGCCCCCACAUCACUCAAACGCACUGCUAGCGGACGCUUUUGAGAGACCCGCAUCCUCUGCUUCCAUAUACCAUCGUCGGCAACAAUCGCUUACAGGAGCGCAGGAGCACAAAUCAUCUUUUAUCCCACUGACGGACCGACCACAUACCGCAAUGUCUGUUCACAACGACGAAUUCAGUUACAAACAUGAUGAUCACAACAGCCUUCCCACGCCGGAUGUGAGUCCGGAGGAGCUAUCGGAGAGCUCGGAUGAGCUGGUCAUUAUCCAAGGCGAGCUUUUGGAGGAAGCACGGAUGGCCCGGUCUGUGGAUCGGAUACGACCGUCUCAGUCAUACUUCAGCUCAUUCGAUGGACUAAGUGCCGGAACUGACGCUUCCACCAUAAGGGAUGACCCACUCAGCGGAGAAGUGGCCGUCAGACCGUGGAGCUGGUUGACAGAGUCGCCAUUCAUUGAUGCCCUCGUUAAUUGGAUCGAAGGGCCCGAAGGUCCAGUGCAGCAAAAGAGCCAGGACAAGGACAAGCCCAAUCCAUGGCUGGAAAUUCCCCUGCAGUUUAUUGCGCUGUUGACAUAUCCAGAGCCGGACCCUAAGAACGGCAACAAAAUGACCCUUGCUAUGGUCCGUGAGACAUCGUUCGUGCGUCAGCGACGGCGAACGCUACUGAUGCUGACGGCCUUCACGCUGGUCGUUCGCUACUGUAGCUUCGACUUCUUCAUCGUUGUGCUGUUUGCCAGCAAUUGCGCCAUGCUCUUCUUGAUGAAAAACUCUGGACGGAUGAACGUCAACAUGGCCAAGAGAGCGGUCCGACAACGCGUCGGUUGGGCGAAACAGUGGGCCGGCAGCAUUUUCAGACGAGGCGGGAACAAUCACAACAGCGGUGGCAAUAACAAUAACCAGCAAGGCAGCUUCAGCAACCCGCAAGGCCCCAAUGCCAAUGCCUAUUCGCCUUCGGUGUCAGAAUUCGCCCGGCCGCAGCAGACGUCACCAGUCAUAGGAGAAAGCGCCGCUGGUACUAUCACAGCGGAGAAUAGUCCGCAGAUGAAACGGCGCGGACUCUUUGGAAAGCGUAAGACUGUCGACAAUGCUACACAGCUACACUCUUCUGCCACGUCUACUCAUGGGACACUAGUCUCGGCGGAGCAUUCUGUCCACGGGAACCACACGCCACCGAUGGGCGACGGGGCUUCGAUGGUAUCUGGAGCACCUACAGCAUCGUCCGUUACGACAUCCAAAAGGCGAUUCUUCAGGCGGAAUAAUACUAGCAAUAACACUGGCAAUGCCUGUAGUAGUAGUAGUCCCUCGUUAGUAGCGCAGGUUCCAGUUGUUGCGCCAGCUCCAGUUGUUGCACCAGUUCCUAUGCUCGCACGAGCCAGCACAUCGUCCUCAGCAUCCCAUGGGACCUCAAGAUUGACAGCCAUGAAUACCCCACACUCAUCAUCUCCUUUGGCGCAAUCACAGUCGUUGCCUCAUCUUCAGUUUUCGCCACAAAAGUCUUUCAGUCCUCCACCACCACCUCCUGCAGUCAAUGAGACCGUCGCGGAUCAAGCAGAGGCCAAGUGGCUACGGAAAACGCGGUCAAAUGCAUCGACGCCUCCCCCGCCAGCACUGAUCUCGCACUCGCGCUCGCACUCGCACUCGAACGCUGCUCCCGUGGCUGCAGAUGUAACUGGCGAGCCCAUUGGGGUUUCAAUCCAUGUUCGUACUCUUGCUGCUGCUGAGAAUGCGAGCGCGGCCCCGCAGAAGGUUUCGGAACUUUCGCAGCUGUUGGGUCAAUACCGUGUAUCGUCCUCAGUCCCUGCGGCAGCAGCAGCAGCAACAACCAAGGAACCAGAUGCGGAGAGGUCUAGCUGUGAAGAAGGCUUGGCAGAGGAAAGAGGCCAGGGUAGGAACUCUGGUGACUCGGGCUCUUCUGCGAAAUCAGACGGGGAUGUUAUGGAGACGUCUUUGACGACGACGACGACGACGACGACGAUGGAUGCUGUAACUAGUGCAGCAGCAGAUGCCAUGGAAGACUUGUAAAACAACAUAUAUGCACACACAAACGCACAUACACGCACAUACACAUAUUUGGCUCAUGCAUGCGC